UAGACCAGACAUAACUAAUGGAUCCUGCAGAGAGCACAUAUGCAUUCAGAGCAGACAUAACUAAUUCAGCAGGGAACACAUAUAUAUAUAGUUCUACAGAACAGACAUAACUAAUCGAUCCCACAGAGAUCACACAUACAUGUCCAUCCAGAGCAGACAUAACUAAUCAAUCCUGCAGAGAGCACACAUAUAUAUCCAUCCAGAGCAGACAUAACUAAUCAAUCCCGCAGAGAGCACACAUGCAUGUCCAUCCAGAGCAGACAUAACUAAUCCAUCCCGCAGAGGGCACACAUGCAUGUCCAUCCAGAGCAGACAUAACUAAUCCAUCCCGCAGAGGGCACACAUACAUGUCCAUCCAGAGCAGACAUAACUAAUCAAUCCUGCAGAGAGCACACAUACAUGUCCAUCCAGAGCAGACAUAACUAAUCAAUCCUGCAGAGAGCACACAUACAUAUAUAGUCCAUCCAGAGAAGACAUAACUAAUCCAUCCCGCAGAGAGCACACAUACAUAUAUAGUCCAUCCAGAGCAGACAUAACUAAUCAAUCCUGCAGAGGGCACACAUACAUAUCCAUCCAGACCAGACAUAACUAAUCAAUCCUGCAGAGGGCACACAUACAUAUCCAUCCAGAGCAGACAUAACUAAUCAAUCCUGCAGAGAGCAUACAUACAUAUCCAUCCAGAGCAGACAUAACUAAUCAAUCCUGUAGAGAGCACACAUGCAUGUCCAUCCAGAGCAGACAUAACUAAUCAAUCCUGCAGAGGGCACACAUACAUAUCCAUCCAGAGCAGACAUAACUAAUCCAUCCUGUAGAGAGCACACAUACAUAUCCAUCCAGAGCAGACAUAACUAAUCAAUCCUGCAGAGAGCACACAUACAUAUCCAUCCAGAGCAGACAUGACCAAACGAUCAUCUCCUAAUUGGCUGCUUCUAAUCACCUGAACACAUGAGGGGACCCUGAGCUGCCCCUCCCCCAGGCACAGAGGCCGGUUCAGGCUAGUAAGUUGGGCAGUGAUCAUCAUCACCACCACCGCCAUCACCACCGCCAUCACCAUCACCACCAUCAUGCCCAAGCAUCAAGGCAAAGCGGCAAAACUGGACCUGGAUUUAACCCCGACUUCCCUGCAUCUUCUGAAGAGGGCACAGCUGCAGCAACACUGCAAGAAACUAGGCCUGCGAGGAGUGGGGAAGAACACAGAGCUGAUCCAAAGGCUGCAGGAACACUUCAAGCAAGCGGGGAGCGGCGGGCAGAAGUCUCCGCGGACCCCUCCUCCUCCACCUCCUUCUCCUCCGGGCGCACAGGACGGGACUCGGGAAGAGCAGGCGGCAGGUGGUAAGGGCUGGUGUGUGAUCCAUGGACAGGAGCUGACGAUUGAUCGCUGGUACCCGCUGUCGUUGCGCUGCGGUCGCGCCUGUGUCACCAGAUGUGGCUUAUACGUCCCCCUGCACCUGGUCCCCUCCUCCAUCCCCACCCCCCCGGGGCUGACGGACAACCUCAUCUGUGGAGAGUGCAUGGAAAGGAAUCGGGAGAAGGACGAUCGUAUUCAGCAGAAGUCAGCGCUGCAAGAUAAAUCUUGCCCAAGCACCGGCCUGAAUAAAUCUGGAGCUACGGGAGCAUCGCGCUCCCGUAACAAGUCCGGACGGUUCCAGCCCCAAGAAGAUCCAGAGUACGCCCGAAGGGUGGACGAGCUCCUCAAUCAGAUGGCGUCUGGAAAGGUGGACUCCCAGAAGGUGCUGCAGCCCAUCCGCCCCGCCGUCUUCCAUUCUCCUCUGGGGAAGCAGGAGCAGAGUCCCGUCCCCAUCAACGCCUGAGGCAAAAUUAUUCCUUUUAUUUCGUUUAUUUUUUUACCAAUACAAAUAAAAAUCGGCCAAUGUUUUACCUCAGAAUUGCCUGACUUUAUGGCCGUCUGCUGAUUUUAUCGGAUUU